AAGACCCGGAGCAAAUGAUUUCAUUAUAUUUUUGAUUCAUGCAUCUUUCUUUCAGGUCAACCUAUCCGGUCAGUUUAGGGGACUGGCAUUCUGUCAAGGUGACCCGACAUCGACGUCAAGGGACUGUCCAGGUGGAUGGAGGACCUGAGGUUCACGGAGAGUCACGGGCACCUUUGAGUGAGCUUAAUCUUGACCAGCCCUUGUACGUGGGAGGAUUUAAAAGUUUGUCUACAGUUAGUAGACAUUCAGGAAUCGUCACAAGACUUAUUGGUGCUAUACAGAGAAUUAUGGUGAAUGGAGAGCUAUGGGAUAACCUAAUGGAGAAAGCAGUAGAUUUUCGUGGUGUGGUUCCAUAUUUGGGGCCGCCGUGUUUGGAAAAUGUGUGUAAGAAUGGUGGGGUUUGUGUUCCUCAUCUGAACGAGUUCGCUUGCCGCUGCCCCUUGACGUUCAUUGGCCUCAGGUGUGAACAGAGUAAGUACAAAAGGAUUACGGAUAUAUGAAGGGGUGGAGGGGGG